GGUAUCCGCCAGCGAGCUCCGGCCGCAUUGUCACUUUCGGUCGUUGCACUUCGCGGAAAUGUUGGUGCACGUCGCCGCCGUUACCGUGCUCGUUAACAUCGCCAUUAUAGAACUGGACUCCCUCUAUUCCCCCUCGCCGGAGAAGAAUUCGGACAUGGAUUUCUUAUCAGACGAGGUACCAGCGUAGCGCGCACUUAAUAAGCGAGUGAGGUAGUUUUCGACUCCAUGCUUCACAUUUCAUAGCUAUUACGUCACUGGGGGUGCAAUCGAAUCGCAUUUUACAUCGGGGAUGAACAAGUGAGCGCAGUUUGAAGCAGCUGCAUCCGCGUUGCGUAACUGGCCCCAUGUCACAUCUACAUUUUAUACGCGUUUGUCGUUCGCCGGCAAGUAAUUCUAAAUAAUCGCGCCGAUCGACAGCGCCGACAUCUAGCGCCGACAUUCCGUCGUCCGCGCCAGCUGACACGUCGUGCCGCUAUCGCCGUGCCGUCAGGAGUCCCAUGUUUAUUCUCUCGCCGACCUACGCGAGCCCACGAAUCUCGAGCGGACCUCGCGCGGAUUCUUCGGGCGCGGGGGACCCUGCGUGACGCGCGGUCUGCUCCGUAAUCAUCCCUCGCCUCGACACUCCGCGGCAGGAAACCGUUUCCGAAUAUAGAAUUGAACAUCGGCCGUUAUCUCCGGUUCGAGUCGCACGAGUUGCGUGACGUAACGCGGCGACCUGGCGGCGUCCGGUCGCGAUAUGCCGCUGGCCGGAAGUCACGUGUAGCGCCCGCGACUUUCGAAAAUGUACGAAAACCUGUUCAAGAGCCCGCUCCACCGCGUGUUCGUGUACGGCACGUUGAAGCGGGGCGAGCCGAAUCACGGCCUCCUCAAGGACACCGCGAACGGCUACGCCAAGUUCCUGGGCGUCGGCAGGACGACGGUCCCGUAUCCCCUGGUGAUCGCCACGAGGUACAACAUCCCGUUCCUGCUGAAGAGACCCGGCACCGGCAACCACGUGCUCGGAGAGAUAUACGAUGUGAACUCCGACAUGCUGAGGAGACUGGACGAGCUGGAGGAACAUCCCAAGUUUUACGAGCGCACGGAGGAGAAGGUUCUGCUAGCGCCGGAGGCCGCGCUGAAACCUGGAAAGACUUUCGAGGAGGUCGGCGAAUCGACGAAAGCAUGGAUAUACUUUCUGCCGAGAUACAAAUCCUCCCUGCUGCACGGCGCCAUGUACGCGUCUUACACCAACAACGGGAGUCACGGGCUCAAGUACUGCGAGAAGUAUGUCCGCGAUUUGUCCUACGAUCACAGGCAGGAGGUGCAGUAGAUCAUUGCCGGCGGCUUUUGUCUCUUUGCAGCGACGAGGACGCGUCGAGCGUCAACGACGUUCUUUGAAUUUUCGAUCGAGCGCGCGGCUACGGCGAGCGCUCUCUCCGCCUUGGGUACCGUUAAACCCUCGUGAAUUCGGGGAAAGUGACGAUACGCGGAAAGCAGUGAUUCACAAGGCUGUUUCGUAUCGUGCGCUCGACGUGGCGCACGACGAUCUUGAAUAUUUUUAGGGCGGCAGCUCCACCUCUUCGGAACCAAUUAGAUAAAAAUAAUUUAUAUACGAUUUAUACGCAUUCAUAUAAAAUUUGCUUUAUAUAUUUGUGAUACAAUCGUUCCUGUGCUAACAGUCCAAUUUGUUGCCUCGAAUCUUGGGAGAGAAUUAGCCGACGGCGAUGUAUAAAGUAGGAUCUUGCAAGAGGAAGGAGCGAAAGAAACUGGCAUGAAAGUAUAAUCUCGGUGAUUGAUUUUAUUAAAUACGUCACGUACGCUCGCAUCCCACACUUACGCGCACUCUCACUUCCUGACAUUCUAUCGCUCGCUCUCGUGUAACAGUAGCGAUAAAAUUAUUGUUAUCUCAAUUAUUCUGUAACAAAGGGCAGGCUAGUCCGCGUUGCCGCGGCGAUCAAAAUCAAACUCGGAAACUGUCUCCAAGAGGCACCGGUGUUGCGCGUCCCCGCCGCGUGCUUAAGUUAAAAUUUCACCCGGCGCGUACGUUCGUCCGCAGCCAAGCGUAUCCACGACACGUGGCUAUCGCGGAAAGACGACCGCGCGCGCGCGCGCGCGCGCGCACGAGGCUGGAUUGAGCGGUCGCGCUUCUCUUCGCUUCGGGAAAUCGGUUCGUCGACGAUGUACGGUACGGCAAAUUAAAAAAAAAAUGCUCGGAGGCAGUACGUACGAGUUAUCCUAAGAAAUUUAUUUAUAAAUAAUCACAUUUUAUCACACGU